GACUACAGCCAGUCUUCAUGUUGUCUUGAAAGUAUCGUGUUGUGCUAUUGUGUCGAGUUGCAUUGAGCAAUAAUGUAUGAGAUAUAAAUAAAAUAUUUGGUGAAAACUUUUGUAACCGAAAAAGACCACGAUAUUUAAAGGAAAAUGACAUCCGUGAGCAGUCCUAAGUGGUUAACUGGUGAUUUCCUUCAAUCCUGUCUCGAGUCCGACAAAGACAACUUUGGUGGGAUUACUGUGACAAGUUCGAGCUCGAGUAUGCCGUCGCCCCUGGGAACAACUACGGAAGUGAUAUAAUCAGGGCAAAUAUCCUGUAUAAGAAACCCAAUGAGCAAACUACUGAACAUUCGAUAUCUUUAAUUUUAAAAUCACCUCUUUCUGAAGAUUCGGUUAUGGCGCAACGGCUGGGAGAAGUCAUGAAACAACUGUACCUCAGUGAGGUAAAGUACUAUUGUGAGUUUAUCUCUGAAACUUACAAACUUAUCAAACAUGAUGUAGUCCCUAAACAUUACAAAUCUCCUAAUCCGUUAUGUUUGGUAAUGGAAGAUCUUAGUGUAUCGGGCUUUAAAAUGGUUGAUCGCCGCAAACUCCUCGAUUUCGACCACUGCAAACUUUUCACAGAGGCUUCAGCUAAGCUUCACGCUCUUGGGGUUGCUGUGCACAGAAGUAAUCCUGAAUUGAUUGAAAGUUUUGAUACGGACAGUAUAACAGUGAAUGAAAAAUUCAAAGUGUCGAUGGCAAACUCACUUCUCUGUAUGGCUGCUUAUUUGGAGGACAAACCGGACUACAGAAAACAGUUUCAGGUCAUCAUAGAAGCCAGUGAGAACGAUGUGUUUUGGACAAUUUAUAAAAAUAUGUUGGACGACUACAAAUUAAAAGCCCUUAGAACUUUAACACAAGAUGAUCCGUGGUGCACGAAUAUGAUGUUUAGAUAUGACAACUCCGGAAAACCUGUGGGAAUAAAUAUCCUGGAUUUUCAGUGUGUUAAAUUUAACUAUCCACUGCUUGAGUUUGUUAUGUUCUUGACAACAGCACCCAACAUGGAAGUACGUGAAAAUAGAUUAAACGACCUGUACCAAAUCUACUGUGACUCACUGAAUGGUAAUCUCGCAGAAUUAGGAUGCUCUGAAAAGUUAUCAAUAGAAGAGUUGAAAACAGAAAUAACUCAUCUCAGUCCAUUAAUGUUAUUUUGGCAUUGCGGUUUGCCAAUGUCAUUAACUGAAUCUGGUGUGGAUAUGGAAGAAUAUUUAACAGUCAGAUAUUCAUCUGAUUCUGCCAAGGAUAGUUCCUUCUACAAAACUGCUUUCACAUGCUUUUAUUUUGAUAUAUAUUUCCCACAGAUUCUAGACGUGUAUGAUAAACUAGGUGUUUACGAUUAUAUAUCGGAAAAAGUUAAAGAAAUCAAAUAAAAAAUGUAAGAGAAUUUUUCUAGCCUAGUAUACUCUAUAUUUAUUACAAAUAUCUAUUGAUGUUUCUUAAAUUGCAACGUACUUGUUUAAAUUCUUUCUUCUAAUAUGUACAAAUAUAUAGUUGCAACAAA